AUAUCUGUCCUUCCAUCUUGGCUUCACUCCUCUGCACAGCGCGCAGUUUAGUGUAUAUGUGUAUAGUUUGCACCCUAAAAGCCAACGCACAAGCACGUAACUUGUUACGUUACGUUAAGUACUGACAAUGCAAUGGCCAUACCUAAUUUCAUAAAAUCUAAUUUUAUAAUAUUGUUGAAUUAAAAAAGUGAUGCGCUCAAUUAAUUCUUUGAAAAUGUUUGCGAAAAUAAAAUUAUUGUGAAAAAGGAGGCAACAUGAUAAUGUAUCAUAAAGACGAAACAUUUUUGUAAGAACAUAGAAUAGCAACAAGAUGUUAAACAUUACAUCUCAGACUUAUAAACAUUGUGUGAGAUACUUGACAGAAUCGUGCCGACUAUGUAGUACGAAAACAACAACCUUAAAAAAUGAUCAACUUCAUGAUAUAAUCGGUCCUCCUGAUCCAGUUUCUAAUUUGAGACCUAUAAUAUUUGCACGUCCAAUGAAAGAAACUUACUUAGAGAAGAAAUAUAGAGAACUUAAGGAAGAUACUCAACAAUGGAAUCAAACAUUCUGGUACAAACAUAAUACUAAUUUUAUUCAGGAGCGAAAACAAUUUCAAGAGUUAUUAAGGACUCAAGGAAAGAUGACGUUAACUGCAGAUGAAAUGUCAGUAUUUUACAAACAAUUUUUAGAUAAAAAUUGGAAAUCUCACUUCAAUUAUAACAUAGCAUGGUAUAAAAAAAAUAUAAAAAUUCUAUUUCUUGGAAUAGCAGUAGGAAUAUGUAAAUUUAAGUUUAAAUAAAUAUUUAUUAAAGAAUGUUACUUAUACAUAAAGCGGAGUCUACAAUGAAAACUUAAGCCAUAAUAUUUAAGCUUUAAGCCUGAAGCCGUAAGAAAUUGACUAAUCACUAUCAAAUGUAAGGAAAAUAAUUGAUUGUGAUUAAUUUCUUAUAAUUUCAGGUUUAAAGCUUAAGUUUUAUGGUUUAAUUUCUCAUUGUAGACUCCGCUUAAGAUGUUAGAAUUUAGAUGCUCUUGUGUGCAGGUAAAACAUGUUAAACAGAAAAAAUACUUUUAUUUUUUAUUUUCUCGUAUUAAUAUUUCUUUAAUUACCAUGAUAAUUUACAAGAUCAUCGAUGAUUUUCCUACUUAGUAUUGAUAAGUUUUACUUGUAAACAAGCUUUCAGAUACCUAAAUCCAGACACUUGGAUAUUAUGAUUAUAUGAUGUAAGAUUACAUACAGCAUUAAUGUUA